AUGGCGGACCCACGCAGGUGGCCUUUGGCUCUGGGAGCCGCCAGCGAUUUUCAAGUCUUGGUGUCUUCUUCCCUCCAGGACACUCCACCUCCACCAUCCAGCAACGCCGCCGAGCCCUCUGCCUCGCCCCGCAGCCACCCGCUCGCUGCCCGCUCUGCGCAGCCCCGGGAAAAUGUCCGCGGCAUCAGCUUCAAGCCCAACGUGCUGGAGGCCAGGCCGGCUCCCCCGGCCCCCGUGGCUCGGGAGAACACCACUGCAGGGCCCCCGGCACUGCUGUUCAAGGCCCCGCGGUGCAUGAGCCAGAAGAGGCUGGCCCUGAUCUUCUGCAUCUGUGUCCUCAUCCUCCUCCUCAUCGCCCUCAUCCUGCUCUUCAUGUUCUGGCGGUCGCAGACCGGCAUCGUGCACAAGGAGCCGGUCGAGGUCUGCAAGGACAAUGCUGCGCGCUGCGACGGGGUGGUCGAGUGCUCCCAGAAAUCGGAUGAGCUGGACUGCGUGCGGUUCGGCUGGGACCAGUCCCUGCUCCAUGUCUACUCUGGUGCCCAGAGCCAGUGGCUCCCCGUGUGCAGCAGCACCUGGAACGACUCCUUCUCCCGCAAGACCUGCAAGCAGCUGGGAUACCAGAACAUGUUUCUCACGGAGUUCAUCCCGCUACGCUUCUCAGGCAAGAGCCUCUCGGUGACCGCGGACCAUCGCACCAUCCAGCAGAGCCUCAACAGCUCCAGUUGCUCCACGGGAAAAUACGUCUCCCUGCGUUGCACAAGCUGUGGGCAGAGGACAUCUAGCCGGAUCGUCGGUGGGACGGAGGCUCCAGUGAACAGGUGGCCCUGGCAAGCUAGUCUCCAGUAUGGGCCAGUCCACAUCUGCGGGGGCACAAUCAUCGAUGCCCAGUGGGUGCUCACAGCCGCCCACUGCUUCUUCAUGAACAGUGUCAAGAUCCUGGAUGACUGGAAGGUGUACGUGGGGUCCUCCGACCUGCGGCAGCGCACCGAGGGCAUCUCGGUCUCCCGCAUCAUCAUCAACGCCAACUACAGUGACGAUCAGGACGACUAUGACAUCGCCUUGAUGAAGCUCUCCAGGCCCUUGACGCUCUCUGCCAACGUCCGCCCCGCCUGCCUCCCCAUGUACGGGCAGAAGUUCCUGACCAGCAGGUCGUGCUUCAUCACUGGCUUUGGAAAGAUCAAGGAGACUGAAGAGAACACCACCCCAAAGCUGCGGGAGGCCGAGGUGAAGCUGAUUGACUACCGGAUCUGCAACAGCAACGAUGUCUACGAGGGCUACCUGACCCCCCGGAUGAUGUGCGCCGGCUACCUGGAGGGCGGGCGGGACUCCUGCCAGGGUGACAGCGGCGGGCCCCUGGUCUGUGAGGACAACGGCCGAUGGUACCUGGCCGGGGUGACGAGCUGGGGCACGGGGUGCGGCCAGCCGAACAAACCCGGGGUCUACACACAAGUCACAAAGUUCCUCAGCUGGAUUCAAAGCAAGAUGGAGAGCGAGAGCAACUGAGGACAGGGCAGGCCCUGCUCAGGCUCCUGCGACGGCGGGCCCACUGCACUGCCCUGCUCGCGUGGGGAGACUGCCGGUGGAUUAGAGACCAGCCGCCCCGUCUGGACUUCCCCAAAGACUUAAUGGCCCGCAGCUGCCCUGGUUCUUUGCAAGCGCAGCACGGGUAGACCUCCAAAGUCAAUUAACUCGCUCAAUAAUUGAGCUGGGAAAUGCAAGCUGGCGAUCGGGGAAGCAGCCUAGCCGUGGGCUUGCCGGCGUGUGAAAUGCUGUUCCCAGGGACACGGUGGAAGCCCCUUCCCUCCAGACUCUUACAACUGGACUUGACGCAGCAUUUGGAAAUCCCCUGCAGGGAAGACCUCAUAGGUCCUUUCUGUCUCUGAAUUAUAUGACCAUGAGAUAGG